AUCUCAUCAGGAAAUCAAACCUACUACGACAUCGGAAAAUGAGUGGAGCGGAGCAACAACAGAUCGUUCCUGCCAACAAUGGCGACGAAAACUGGAAGGCUGGUCUCAAUCUUCCAGCAAAAGACAGAAGAUUCAAAACUGCUGAUGUCACUGAUACGAAGGGAGUCGAGUUUGAGGAUUUCUGCCUUGGACGCGAUCUUCUCAUGGGGAUUUUUGAGAAAGGAUGGGAAAAACCGAGUCCUAUUCAAGAAGCAUCCAUCGGAGUCGCUCUCACUGGUCAAGAUAUUCUCGCAAGAGCUAAGAACGGAACAGGAAAAACCGGAGCUUAUUGUAUCCCUGUUAUCGAGAAGAUCCAGCCAGCCCUCAAAGCUAUUCAAGCCAUGGUCAUUGUCCCAACUCGUGAAUUGGCUCUCCAAACUUCACAGAUCUGCGUGGAGCUCUCCAAACACAUUCAGCUCAAAGUUAUGGUCACUACCGGAGGAACUGAUCUCCGUGAUGAUAUCAUGCGUCUAAACGGAACGGUUCACUUGGUCAUCGCCACCCCAGGAAGAAUUCUCGAUCUUAUGGAGAAAGGAGUCGCCAAAAUGGAACAUUGUAAAACACUUGUUCUUGACGAGGCUGACAAACUUCUUAGUCAAGACUUCCAGGGAAUUCUCGACCGCCUCAUCAACUUCCUCCCAAAGGAGCGUCAAGUUAUGCUUUAUUCUGCCACUUUCCCUAACACCGUCACUUCGUUCAUGCAGAAGCACAUGCACAAGCCGUAUGAGAUCAACCUCAUGGAGGAGCUUACUCUUCUUGGUGUCACCCAAUACUAUGCCUUUGUUCAAGAGAAGCAAAAGGUCCACUGUUUGAAUACGUUGUUCCGAAAACUUCAAAUCAACCAGUCGAUCAUCUUCUGUAACUCUACUCAACGUGUUGAGCUUCUCGCUAAGAAAAUCACGGAAAUCGGUUACUCGUGCUACUACAUUCAUUCCAAGAUGGCUCAGAAUCACAGAAACCGUGUCUUCCAUGACUUCCGUCAAGGAAACUGCAGAAACUUGGUUUGCUCCGAUCUUCUCACCCGUGGUAUCGAUAUCCAGGCUGUCAAUGUUGUCAUCAACUUUGACUUCCCAAGAAACGCCGAGACUUACCUUCACAGAAUCGGUCGCUCUGGACGUUUCGGUCACCUCGGAGUUGCAAUCAACCUUAUCACCUACGAAGACCGUCACACCCUUCGCCGUAUCGAGCAGGAGCUUCGUACUCGCAUUGAGCCCAUCCCGAAAACGGUUGACCCGAAGCUGUAUGUCGCUGACCAGCAGCUCGUCGAUGCCGCCGAUGAGACCACUGCUUAAACACUAGUUCUCAUAUCCCCAAACCUCCAAAACACACUGGUCGCCUACGUUUUUUUUUUCCAUUCUAGUGAUCUCGUCCAGAUUGUGUAUGUUCUCUAUUUUCCUUUAAAUGCACAGUUUGUGCUAAAUUUAAUAUUGUUCAAGCAUAAGCAUCUUUCCUUCCUGUUUUCUCAAAUCCCCGCACAUUAUUUGUAUCCCAUCCACCUUCCCGGACCCCAUCAACCCGUUCCACUUAUAUGCGGUGUAAAAUUCUAAUUUUUCUUUUUCAUUAGUUUCCCCAUACCCUCCAACUUGCAGUCAUGGACUGUAACUCAUUCAAGUCGUUGUGUUUUACAUAGUCAUUUAAGUUGGUCUUUAUGCUCCCAAAGUAAAUUGUUUCGACAUUAAUGUGUCGUUGCAAAAUAUAUUUGGGAGUGUAAGGACAUUGUUCAUACACAUCGGGUUCUUUUUGACGUGUAUCAUACUGGGUAGCCGGCUCUGUAGUUAUUCUGUUGAGCCGCACCACAUUGAUCAAUCUUGUAAUUUCCUAUCUCAUUUCCCACAAUUCUCCCUUCAUGCCCCAUACCAAUGCAUCCAAAAUUUAAAACCACCAUCCUUGCGGUUUUCCCUUGCCCAUCUGUAGGGUUUUAUUCCGCUCUUGUGCUCAUUCCAGUUCAACUUGUCCAUCUCCUAAUCUGAUAGAUAUUUAUUGCAACUAUUAUCAUGUCAAAUGGCUCAAAGACUAUAAUGUCUUGGAAGGCUUCCGGCUGGCCAUGUGUCUCGCUUACAGCUCUUCCCCCAUCCCCAUUCCAAAACCAUUUGUUCUCUCCCGCCUCCUCCCUCUUGUUUAUUGUAUAAUUUGUAGAAGUUGACACCAAAAAUUUGCACAAUUUUUCGAUUCACAAAGGAUGUGCAAGCUUCCUUCUGGAUGAUUGCCAUCUUUAACAAUAAAAGACCGAAUCG